AACAGUUGGUUCAAUGUUUUAUUGUCGAUGAGUAACUUUGGGACUAAUUGUAAAUCAACUAAUUUAUUGAAACCCUAAACUCCAUAUAAUCUUGUGUUUUCAAUUUACAUCUUGGAUAUUUAGAUUCCUAGGCACGCAAACUCUACCACAUGCUGUCAUGGAGAAAAGACAAGUUCUCUUUCAUGAUUAAAACAUAAAUUGCUCAAUACAAAGUUUAAAGAUGCUGUUUUACUUGUGUCAGACGUACAGCCUUGAUUUUGAUGUUGAAUAUCUGUUCAAAUUAGUUGUAAUUUUGGUAAUUUGAUAGAGAAAUGUCUCAGCACACUCUACACGUUAACUUUUAAAAAGCACUCUUUCAGUGCUGCUAAAAAUAACUGUGAGCCAUGUCCAUAUAUUUACGAAUUUACUGUGUAAUUUGUAUCUAAAAAAAACAACAAUUCCAAGCCUCACGGUGUCAUUUAUAAUUCAGUGGUUGUCCACAUUUUUGAAUGAGAAUGUGUACUUUGUAGGUGUGCAGUUUAAUAAAGUUACCACACGGUGACGCUUUAGACCGUAACACUGACACGUCAUGGCUCCUCCCUGAGUUAAAGCAAACGAAGGGACUGUGGGUUUUCAUCACAAAGAGACACGGGAUGAGACGGGGCGCACGGUGGAUUAUUUGUCUUUAAAAUAUGAAAGUCGACAUAGCGCUGCCUGCAAUUUUGUCACAUCUCACCAUUCCACAAUAGAAACAUCGCUGUGGAUGUAUGCUUGGUUCAUUUUCGACGGAAUUAUGACUUUGCCGAAUAGCAGGAGGUCUUUUGUUACAUAUCUGGUGCUGCUGUUGUUGGACUGUUACUGGGAAUCGGCGUCUGGGCAGCUCUCAUACUCCGUCUCAGAGGAGGUAAACCCGGGAACUAAUGUCGGAAAUAUCGCCAAGGAUCUAAACCUCAACGUGCAGGAUUUGGAGACGCGUUCGUUUCAAAUUGUUACCGGAUCCAAGAGGAAAUAUUUCGAGGUAAAUCUAAAGACCGGAUUUCUUCACGUCAGUGAGAGGAUUGACCGAGAAGAGCUUUGCACGGAUGAACCUAAAUGCACCGUCAGCGUAGAGGCUGUGAUUAACAACCCAUUGAAGCUUUACCGCGUCGAGGUAGAAAUCAAAGAUGUGAAUGACCACUCUCCGUCAUUUAACACAAAAUCCCAGCUACUGGACAUCGCAGAGAACACAGUGCCUGGGUUCAGAUUCGAGUUAUCGGAGGCAAGCGAUGCUGAUGUUGGUAAACAUGGCGUUAGUGCGUAUAGACUCAGUCCGAAUGAAUACUUCAGUCUUGCGACACACAAAAGAGGGGAGAGUAUAUCUCCAGAGUUAGUGCUGCAAAAAGCUCUAGACCGGGAGAAAAAGCCGCAUCUACAGCUCUUGUUAACGGCAUUAGACGGGGGCUCGCCACCAAAUUCAGGUACAUCAGAAAUUGAAAUAAAUAUACUCGACAAUAAUGAUAACGCACCGAUGUUCAGCAAUAGUCUUUAUAAAAUCAAAAUUUUGGAAAAUAUCCCCAUCGGUACGGCAGUCUUCACCUUAAAUGCGACCGACGCAGAUGAGGGCCCAAAUAGUGAAAUAGUAUAUGCUCUUCGUAGCAAGGACCAGGAUCACAUUCUGGACGUUUUCAAAAUUGACCCUGACACGGGGAUCAUUUCAGUGAAAGGAAAAAUCGACUAUGAAGAAAGAAGAGCUUUUGAGAUCCGGGCAGAGGCGAGAGACAAAGGCCACCCUCCGAUGUCUGCUCAUAGUAAAGUGCUGGUGGAAGUGAUUGACAUAAAUGACAACGCUCCGGAAAUCACUGUGACGUCACUGCUCAAUACAGUGAACGAGGACGCUGGUGCAGGUACUGCUAUUGCACUCGUAUCAGUUCUAGAUAGAGACAGUGGCAAAAACGGUGAAGUAAAAUGUGAGAUCUUGAACACCGUCCCGUUCAAGUUAGAGACAAAUUACAAAAACUAUUUUUCUUUGGUGGUUGACGGGCGCCUCGACAGAGAGGUCACUCCACAGUACAAUAUAACUAUAUCAGCUACAGAUGAAGGGAGUCCUCCUCUGUCCAAUGUCAGCGUCAUUACUGUUCACAUUUCUGAUGUUAAUGACAAUAUGCCAUAUUUCCCAGAACCGGUGAUAAACAUUUAUGUGAAAGAAAACAGCAAAGUAGGAACAGUAAUUAAAACAGUGACUGCAAUAGAUGCAGACACCAGCAACAAUGGUCAGGUGAGCUACUCGAUUUUAAACAGUGAAAGUAAAUCUCUUUCAAUCCCCACAUUGGUGAACAUCAACUCGGAGACAGGAGAUAUUAUCAGUCUGCAGUCUUUGAAUUUUGAGGAAAUGAAAACGUUUCAGUUUAAAGUUCAGGCCACAGACUCUGGUGUUCCUCCGCUCAGCAGCAAUGUGACUGUGAACGUUUUUAUCCUGGAUGAGAAUGACAACAGUCCUACGGUUCUUUCUCCAUAUUCUGAGCAUGGCUCCGUUAACAGUGAGAGCAUCCCCUAUUCUGCAGAAGCGGGAUACUUUGUGGCAAAGAUCAGGGCAGUAGACGCAGACUCUGGAUACAACGCGCUGCUUUCUUAUCACCUCUCUGAGCCCAAAGGAAACAACCUCUUCCGGAUCGGAACCAGCACUGGGGAAAUCAGGACUAAGAGGAGAAUGAGUGACAAUGACCUGAAAACUCACCCCUUGGUGGUGCUGGUUUCUGAUAACGGACAACCCUCCCUGUCAGCUACUGUGUCUAUAGAUGUGGUGGUGGUUGAGAGCACAGCUGACAUCCAGACUCAGUUCAGACAUGUGCCCACAAAGGACGAUGGCUUCUCUGAUUUAAACUUGUAUCUGCUGAUCGGCAUUGUGUCGGUGUCAGUCAUCUUUCUACUGAGCCUCAUCACUUUAAUAGCUGUCAAAUGCCACAGGACAGACAGCAGCUUCAGCAGGUACAGCGCCCCAAUGAUCACCACCCACCCUGACGGGAGCUGGUCUUACUCUAAAGCUACUCAGCAGUAUGACGUCUGCUUCAGCUCAGACACGCUCAAGAGUGACGUAGUGGUUUUCCCCGCACCGUUUCCGCCUGCAGAUGCGGAACUGAUCAGUAUUAAUGGAGGAGACACUUAUAGCAGGACUCAGACUUUACCAAACAAAGACAAGGUGAGUUGUAACAGAUUUCACAGCUUUGUAAAACAUUUAAGCGUGCAAAAUCUUUAAAACAUUUAAAUGGAUUGCAAAUGAUUUUUCAACUUUAAAUAUCUAUGAUGUGCAGCUAUACUCACACACACUUGUGUCUAGUCAUUUGAUAGGGGCCAGCUAUACUCACACACACAAACUCACUCAUAAAUCUGAAAGUGGUGAUAUCUCACUCUUGUUUGUAGUCUAUUUAUCUCUGUGGCAUGUAAAACAAAUUCUCAAUGGUUUGAUGGCAUUUUGAUCGGGAUAAACAGGAAAUCUGUGAACUAAGUUCACAGAUUUCUUCGGUAUCUUCGGUAUCUUCGGUAUCUUCAAAGCAGUACUCUGAGCAACGGCAUGAAAUGCAUUAAAACCGGUUUGAGUCGCUGUCCAUGGUCCUGAAAACAUCGUUUUCUUAUUUUCUUUGCACCGAUAUUCAGAUGCUGGUUGUGGUGGUGCUGAUUUGCAGUUUAUAUCCUGUGUUCUUAUGUCCAGUAAUUGUGAAAAUAAAUAAAAAGGCAUAGGUGCUGUUAAAGAACAACAAAACUAGAAAUCAUGUGAAUAAAAACGAUUAACAACACAAGUUAAUUAAACUUAAACUUAACAAUGGCUCUAUGAACAGUCUACCCAUUGACUUAGUCUUUAAAAAAAACACAAAUUAUUGAUAUCAGGCUAAAAUAUUAAUUACACUGUACAUGAUGAAAAUAAUAUUUUGGGCAGUCAUUCUUUACACAAAAGUGUCACGAGAGGUCGCUGGAGACCAUGCCAAAAUAUUGUGUUCAGAGUUUAGAAGAAACUCCUCCUCUACUCGUGACAAAACACGUAAACGUCAUCAUCUGUCUGUGCUUUGUGGAGAUAGUGUACAGUCGAGUGAAGCCCUGAAGAGAGAGGACCUCAGUCAGAAUGGAUUUAUAAAAGUGGUGUUUUUUUCGCGGACGGGCCAAAAGGCAGUGA